UUGUCUUUUUGACUGUGAGAAGCAUGCUUCGACUGACGGCAAUUGUUUCGAUCCUGUGCCUGGCUCUCCUUGGGGUCCAGGCUACCAAAUUGUGCGGCAGAAAUCGCCAAUGCCAGUGUGUACCGCAUCAUCUGUGCAACAUUGGCUUCAAAGACGAAGGACCUGUCCUGGAUUUUGAAAAGAAAGAGGGAUGCGCCUCCACGGAAGCGUGCUGUCCUCCCAAUAAAAUAUUGCAGGAAAAUGAGGAUAACUCUUGGAUGAACCCACCAAAGAAAACCGAAUGCGGCCAAGUGAACUCCAAGGGUCUGACCUUCAGCAUUCAGUCGGCUGAUGGCUUCGCUCAGGAGAACGAGUUACCCUGGAUGACAGCCGUGCUGCACAUGAACAAUUCGUACUUGGGCGGUGGCUCCUUGGUCGCCUUUGAUGUGGUGCUCACUGCUAAUCAUAUUACUAGCGACUUUGACAGCGGUGACCUCGUGGUGCGGGCAGGCGAAUGGGACUUUGGGGCCGAUACUGAGAAGUUCUCCCAUGUGGACGUAGGAGUCCGAAUGAUCGUGCGCCAUCCCUCGUUCGACAGGAGAACUGGGGCCAAUAAUCUUGCCCUGUUAUUCCUCGAGAAACCGCUCGAGGCAUCGCGCCACAUUGGCCUCAUUUGCCUGCCGGCGAGAAACCAAAACUUUGACAGACAAUGGUGUAUCGUCAGUGGCUGGGGCAAGGAUGCCAUCGAACAAAACUCCUACAUGAGCAUCAUGAAGAAGGUGAAAAUACCAAUUGUUGACUCCCGCACCUGCGAGGCACUCCUGAAGCCCCUACGAAGGACAAAUUUCCAGCUCCACGACAGCCUGCUGUGUGCUGGCGGCGAGUUGGGCAAAGACUCGUGCAAAGGUGACGGUGGCUCACCGCUUGCCUGUCCACUCCGAAGCGAUCCCAGCCGCUUUGAGCAGGCUGGCAUUGUGAACUGGGGCAUGGGCUGCGGUAGGGCGAACACUCCGGCAGUUUACACGGAUGUGGCAAAGUUACGCACUUGGGUUGACGAACAGAUCAAAGCCCACUCCAAUGCUAAUGUUGAAUUUAAUGAUGAUGAUGAGGACGAUGAUGCUGGGGAGUAUGACAGCUCAAAUGACUCAUCCACUCAAACUAGGUUCUGGCCUGCAACACCACAGCAGAAUCCCCCAAAGGUAGACAUGAAGACAAUCAGAAGCGCUAAUUAGUCUGUAUAUUUGCCUUGUAACUUCCUUGAGCUCAAUAAAAAUAAACGUAUUCUUA